AUGAAGAGCCAUACCUUCACCGACCAGCAUGAGGUCGUAGCGACCGAGCCCAGGCUGCGCAGUCUGAGCAUGUCGCUCCCCUGGCGACAUCGGCCCAAGUCCUCGGUCUUCCACUUCGACGACAUGGAACAAAAGUUCCACGAUUUAGCCCUCGAGCGAAGCAAGAGCCACAAUCUCGAUACCUUGUUCGAUAAUGAGAACGGCAGUUCAAGCGGACACGGCACUGACAAGGGCAAGAAGUCUAUCGGCGGCAUGAUCCGACGCGCCUCCGUCUCCCUGAAGGGCUUUGUCCAUCGACGAACCUCCAUUGCCACGUCGACGGCCGAGGAACACCACGAGACGCAACGUCAGUUUCUGCGAACCUCUCACGCACACUCGCACACCCUGUCGCAUAACCCUUUCUCGUCCGUUCAGCCGCAUGCGCGACCGACUACCAGCCACUCGACUUGGCAUCGCCUCCGUCAAGCUGCCAGCUUCCGACACUCGCGAGUCUUGUACGGGGAGCAUCUCGAGCAAGCUGGCCUCGCUCCUCCGCGUGAGGACUCUCCCGAUCUCGCGCCGGCCAUACCUGUGCCAGUACCAGGAUCUGGCAAUGAACCGCCAAUCAUCCCACACAAUACUGGCUCAGGCGCGAGAGCGGCAGCGGCGGCGUGGCAGAACGAGUACCAUGGCUUUCACGGACUGACCGUAGUAAGCCCAAAGAACAACUGGCUCUCGCCAGAGGAUGGGCAAGACGACCAUGAGAGUGGGAUUGGGAUCGCUGUUACAAGCGCCGACUCUGACAUAGCCGGCGAUGAUGAGAUGCAAGACCUCGAUCUGGUCACCUCAAACGGCGAGGAGAUUCUAGGCUGUGCGCCUGAGAUCAGUCGCAUUGAUUUCAUCUCGCAGCUGCCCACCGAGCUAGCAAUUCAAAUCCUUGCUCAUCUCGAUGCGAUCGCUCUGUCCACGGCGAGUUUGGUGUCUAAGCAGUGGAGCACGGUGAUUUCGAGCCAGCACAUCUGGAGGGAAGCAUUUCUACGCGAGAAGACGGCCACCUAUGCUACGAGUGGUCCCAUCCAACCCGGGGCCGGGCUGGGUGUUCCACCGCUCCAGCUGGGCAAUAAUUGGCGUAAGAUAUACCGGGUCAAAGAGGAAGUGGAUAGGAGAUGGAAGGAGGGCAAGGCGACACCGGUCUAUCUCAAUGGCCACUCGGACAGCAUCUACUGCCUGCAGUUCGACGAGGAGAAAAUCAUUACAGGUUCUCGUGACAAGACUAUUCGCAUCUGGGAUAUGCGAACGAUGGAGUGCAAACUCGUCAUCGGUCCUCCUGAGGUGGUCAAUGAGACUUCGAUGCUCUUCGACGAAAAUGGCCAGCCGACUCACUAUGCAACUUACGAGCAUACCACGCCCACCACCGAUGUUACGCCCGCGACUCGCACAACUUCCGUGCCUGCCGUUGGAACGUUUUCCAUGCAUCACAAGGCGUCGAUUCUCUGUCUGCAAUAUGAUGAGAACAUUCUGGUCACUGGCUCUUCUGACGCGACGUGCAUUGUCUACAAUGUGAAGAGCGGUUAUCGUCCUAUCCGCCGCCUUCGACACCACAGUGCUGCCGUGCUCGACCUGUGCUUCGACGACAAACAUAUCGUGACAUGCUCCAAGGAUAUCAGCAUCUGUGUCUGGGAUCGCGCCACUGGUGCCUUGCUGAAGCAGCUCCGUGGCCACUCAGGUCCUGUCAAUGCAGUGCAGAUGCGUGGUAAUACGAUUGUCUCUUGCUCGGGCGACUUCCGUGUCAAGCUUUGGAAUAUCGACACGGGAAAGAACUUCCGCGAGUUUCAGGGCCAUACCAAGGGCCUUGCGUGCUCACAGUUCUCCGAGGAUGGGCGGUAUGUGGCGUCUGCCGGCAAUGACAAGGUGAUCCGCAUUUGGGAUGCCAACACGGGCGAGUGCUUGCGAGAGAUGAAAGCGCACGAUAAUCUCGUGCGCAGCCUGCACAUUGACUCGGUAUCCGGGCGUUUGAUUAGCGGGAGCUACGACACGGACAUCAAAGUGUUCGAUAUGGAGACUGGCAGGCAGCUGCUCGACUUCCCGAAGUGGCACGCAAGUUGGGUGCUCAGCGCCAAGAGCGACUAUCGUCGCAUUGUAAGCACCGGCCAAGAUCCGAAGAUUCUCGUCAUGGACUUCGGUGCUGGCGUGGAAGGCAUUGAGAUGCUGGAAUCCUCCAGAGGCGAGAAACAAGCACAAGUGACUGCAAUUGCCGAGGAAGACGAGAACUACAUUUAA